AUGCCUUCUUCCCCAACUCCUUCAACUUCUUCAACUCCUAAAAAACUGCGAAAGGUAAGAAUUGUUUGAACACACAAUUUCGUAGAAAUCGUUUCGUUCUGCCGAAUUUUUUUACACUCCUACCAAAAUUUUAUAGCGCGAAGAAAAAACGGUCAUUUCAUUUCAUUUUAGGGUCUUGUAUCUUUUACGGUAGUCAUCUGAGAUAGUUCAUUUUUUAGUAUCUGUACGUUCAUUUGCACUUGCAUGUUUUGUUUUUGGCUGACUGGCUGUUGCAUGAAAAGGUGGAAUAACAAAACUGUAAAUUCGUUUUCAGAUAGUAUAAAUAGGCUGAUUGUUUUUCAGCUAAGCCUAACUCUCCUGGGUUUUCACAUUAUUGUGAGGCAAUUUUAGUUCUGAAAAACUCAAACUGUGGUUUUCCACCCACUUGUAUUUUAAGAUUGAAGAAAAACUGUAUUUUUUUUCUAGAUAAGCUUAUUUCGUAUUUGACUCUGACCUCGGAGUUCUUGAUAAUGAGGAACAUGAAAAAAAUCUAUGGUGGAAUAACAAAACUGAAAAUAACUCUCCUGGGUUUUCUGAUAAUUGUGAAGCACUUUUUCUCUGUCGAGAAAAAAUGCUCACCUAUAUUUCAUCCAGAGAUAAUUCUAGACUUGAAACAAAACAACAAUUGUUUUUUCUCGAAUUUUUCAGGCAUUUUUUCUUUUUGAAAAGAGAGAAUAGAAAAAAGUGUAAUUGUUUUCUUAUCAUCAUCAUCAUCAUGGUUUUUGUUUUCUAAAAUUAAAAUUAAAUAAUUUUCAGCGGAAAAUUGUGGAAAAAAUGUCGGAUGAGACUCCAAAGAAGACGAGAUUUGAUCGAACCAAAAAUGAAAAGUACAAGCAACUUGUGAAAAAAUCAAUCAAACGUCUCGCAACGCAAGAUCAACAACAACAACAACGUCAACCAGUUGUUCAUCAGGAACCACCACCACCAAGACCGCCAACUCGUAGAGGGUGAGAUUUUUUUCUAAUUUUGAAAUUCAAAAAAACCUAUUCAAAAAUUUUAGGCAAGUCGAAAUCGACAUCGAUCGUCGUAGCCCUGAUCUUCGUGUUGACAAACCUCUUCGUCAAAAAAACUUGAAUGAAAGAAAACGCUAA